CGAAGAACCGCGAAAUGUAAGGACACAAUAGGUCAUUUCAACGCCUAAACAAGGGUAUUUAUGUAAUCAGUCCUUAUCCAUCCGAUGCAAUCUAAUCCAAAUUCUAGACAUAAAAUAACCCUUUACAAGAUAUUGGAGGGAGGCCUUUCCAACGGCCAAAAUGGCCUCCUUUCCCUUCGAGUCUCUUCAACCAAAAGAGCUCCACUCUAUGGCUCUCUGUAAGUACCCAUCAACACUAAUUAGCUUUAAAUCUCACUUUUGCUCUAAUUUUUUCUCUGUGUCAACUCGAAAACAGACGUUUCAUCAAGACUUUUCUUCGGUAUUUGUAGUAAGAGCAAAUGUUAGCAACAUGGAUGCGAAACUGUCUGGUAGAAGACAUAGUCAUUCAUCAAAAACCAUAAGUUCUAUAGCACAGAGACAAAUGGGUUAUGGGUUUAAGACUUUGAAGUCCAGUGACAAAAGGGUAGAAAGAAAAUCAAUGAAAGCUACUGUUAGUUCAGUGAUGGAGGAAAAAACGGAAAGGAGGUUUGGUAAAAGUAACUAUAACAGAAAAGACAGAGUUUCUAGAACAAAGCAAGAAAUGGGUUCCCAGUUUUCUUCUUUCAAGCCUAAAGAUGAAAGGAGAGGUGAAAAAUAUAAGGAAAAUAAGAGCAAUGUUUUGGUUGAUAAAAAAGAGGCAGAAAAUUCCAAACAGAGUAAAGGUACUAGUCAGGUAGGAGAGGAGAAGACGGCCGGGAAGUCUAAUAAAAGUGAGGAUGAUUCAUCACAAAUUCCACUGAGAGUUGAGUUGGAUAUGUGCUCGAAGAGAGGGGAUGUCUUGGGUGCAAUUUCUCUUUACGACUCGGCUCAGAAAGAUGGCAUCAAGCUGGGUUUGUACCAUUAUACUGUGCUUCUUUAUCUUUGUUCUUCCGCAGCUGUGGGUGUUAUCCGCCCAGCUAAAAGUGGGAGUGGUAGUCGUAGUUUCAAGAAAUUAAACUUGAUUAGUGAGUUAUCAAGCGCAAAUUCUGUAGUUCUGAAUGAAAUUGGGGAGAAGGGUAAUGGGAGUUUCGACAGUACAAAGUUGAGCUUUGAUGAAUCUGGUAAUAGUUCUGGUGCAAGUUCUGAUAAAUUGGCCUCCAGUUCUAGCGAGUUUCUGGUUGGAUUAGUUGGAGGAAAGGCUACGGAACCAAAUUCUCUGUUUUCAGAUGGGUUCACCAUGUCAAACGAGAGUGAAAGUGACUCUGUAAGAGAAAGAGAUAAUCAACAAGAUUGUGAAAUCCGAGUCAGUGGAAAUGUCAAAAAGUACGCUCUUAGGAGAGGAUUUGAAAUUUAUGAGAAGAUGCGUUUGGAAAAUGUCCCUUUAAAUGAAGCAGCCUUGACAGCUGUUGCUCGAAUGGCUAUGUCAAUGGGUAAUGGAGACUUGGCAUUUGAAAUGGUAAAGCAGAUGAAGCCACUAGGUAUAAACCCCAGACUGCGGUCUUAUGGCCCAGCAUUGUUUUCCUUCUGCAGUAGUGGGGACAUUGAGAAAGCAUUCACCGUUGAAGAACACAUGUUGAAGCAUGGGGUCUACCCAGAAGAGCCUGAAUUGGAGGCACUUUUGAGGCUAAGUGUAAAUGCUGGUAGAAGUGACAAGGUUUACUACUUGUUGCAUAAGCUUAGGACAUCUGUCAGGCAGGUCUCACCUCCUACAGCAGAUUUGAUUGAGCGAUGGUUUAAAAGCAAGGAAGCAUCAAGAAUAGGGAGAAGAAAAUGGGAUAAAAAAUCAAUAACUGAUGCAAUAGAAAAUGGAGGUGGGGGUUGGCAUGGCCAGGGCUGGUUAGGUAAGGGAAAGUGGACUGUCAAUAGAACAUUCGUCAGAGAUGAUGGAGUCUGUAAAGGUUGUGAGGAGAAAUUGACCACAAUAGACCUCGAUCCAAUAGAGACCGAAAACUUUGCCAAAUCAGUAGCAUCUAUAGCUGCAAAGAGAGAGCGGAAUUCAAGCUUCCAAAAAUUCCAAAAAUGGCUGGACUAUUAUGGACCUUUUGAAGCAGUGGUUGAUGCAGCUAAUGUGGGCCUUUUCAGCCAAAGAAAAUUUUCACUAUCCAAGGUCAAUGCUGUUGUGAAUGGAAUACGCCAGAUUCUUCCCUCAAAAAAAUGGCCACUAAUAGUUGUUCAUAAUAAGCGUAUCACUGGAGACAGAAUGGAUCAGCCAACAAACAGAACCUUAAUAGAGAAAUGGAAAAAUGCUGAUGCACUCUAUGCAACACCUACAGGAUCAAAUGAUGAUUGGUACUGGUUAUAUGCAGCUAUAAAGUUCAAAUGUUUAAUCGUGACCAAUGAUGAGAUGAGGGAUCAUAUAUUUCAGCUUUUAGGAAAUGAUUUCUUCCCCAAAUGGAAAGAAAGGCAUCAUGUCCAUUUCAGUUUUCAGGAUGGUGGGCCAGAGUUUCACAUGCCACCUCCUUGUUCUGUUGUUAUUCAGGAAUCAGAGAAAGGCCACUGGCAUAUUCCCAUAGCAUCAGAACAUGAUUCAACAGGGGAAAGAACCUGGUUAUGCAUAAAACGUGCUGGCAUGCAUAUGAGGAAGCAGGGUUCUUCCACAAGACCUAAAGAAGCAAAUACUCCUCGGCUUUCCAAGGGAGGUGCAAAGGUGGAUGUUAGAACCAAGAGCCCUGUGAAGCUUCCAACGUUGGAUCAUUGCAGUGAUGAAACAUUUCAUGGAAAUAGCAAGCUCCCACCUGAGGAGAUCUACAGGAACCUAAGAAACAUUUUAGCAACAUCAUUAUCUCCAAAUGACAAUACAAUACUAUCCCAAAUUGAGGCUGCUGAGAAGCUUGGUGGGUGCAGUAUCGAUUUUCAAAUUUGAUGGAAAACCCAAUGCCAUGUAGAUCAAUAUGCUAACCAGUAAAAAUUUUGCAAAAAAACCCCAAGGUAGAAAUAUCUCUCUGCCAUCACUUUUCCUUCCUUCCCAUUCGUUUUAAAAUGCAACGGCCAAAUUCUGGUAAUCUUCCAUUCCUUAUUGAGGUGACACGAGAGAAGUAUAUAAUCAAUUCAUGUAUAUCUUGAUGUAUUUUGGAAGUUUAAGGUGAUGUAUAUAUCAUUCUUUUGCUAGUAUUUUAUAGAGUGAAGUCUUUAGUCUU